AUGAAAAACAUUUAUAACAGAUUAGGAUAUUUCUUAGAAGUGCUUUAUUAUUAUGUUUUUGUCUUUGUGAUAGUCAUAUUUUUAAUAACAAGAAUGACAGAGAUUAAAUCAUUAACUGCAAGAUCGGAAAUUGAAAAGAUUGGAAUGGGUUACAAAACAGGAUAUGGUAAAAUCAAUCCCAAUGUUGAUUUAACACCUCUUUUUAGACACUGGAAUACAAGACAAGUUUUUAUUCUUUGUAAUGCCGUAACAAAAAACAAUACAGAAAUGAUUUGGUCUGAAAUUGUUAAACGAGACAUGGAUUAUGAAAUUUUUAAACCGAUUUCAACAAAUUAUCAAUUUUCCAUUGAUUUAGAUGAUCCAACAUUAGGCUUUGAAUUAAAAGCUACUGUUUAUCCUUAUGUAGGUGCUCUAAGAACGAUAUCAAUUUCAAGAUUUAAAAAAAAUAAAAUUUAA